AUGGUGUAUAUCAUGGGCCUCUUCGUUGGCUGGUGGUUAGGAGAGGCAGACGGCCGCGCGGAAGCCCCUUAUCUGUCUCCGGAGGAAUGGGACAAGAAGCUGCGCGCAGCAGGCUUCAAUGGGUGCGACUCGGUGACUUUUGACAACGAGAGACCAUACAAUGUCAACGCAAACAUUGUUUCGAGACCUGCAGUCGACCUCGAGUACCCAAAACACAUCACCCUGCUCUCGGGACCUUCCCAAAUCCACCCACUAGCCAUACAGGUAGAGAGAGACAUGCAGGAAAAAGGAUAUAGCGUUCAGCAUUGUCAAUGGGCUAACGGAGAAACUCCCAAUCCUGAGCACGACCUUAUCUCGUUUGUCGAUCUCGAUCAGCCACUUUUGAGCAACCCAAAAGAAGCGGAUUGGAAUGGAUUUAUCAAAACAAUCGAGGCACUCCAGCAAGCAGCAGUGUUAUGGCUCACCAACCCGGCGCAAGUCAAUUCCAAAGACCCUCACGCAGCACUCUGCUUAGGGAUGGCGCGAACCAUCCGAUCAGAACUUGCCAUGCCCCUGGCUACCAUGGAAUUGGAGGACUGGAAUCUGCCAGGCGCGGCUGAGGCCGUUGUGGAUGUGAUCAGAAAGGUCGAGCAGGGCAAAGAAGACAUGACCAGCACCCUAGAUCCGGACCUUGAAUAUGCAUGGGUAAAUGAUACGGUACAUGUCGGGCGUUUCCACUGGUAUACGGUGCCUAAGGCCUUGAAGGAUAGCGCGCCUUCGUCACCAGAUACCAAGGCGCUCAUGAUCCAGAAACGUGGGCUCCUGCAAACUCUACAUUGGUCAGGUCGGCCGCUUCCAGCUCUCGCACCUGACGACGUGCAAAUUAACGUAAAGGCUGUCGGGCUUAAUUUUACUGACGUGCUUAUCGCCAUGGGUAUAGUACACGGUGUCGACGCACUCGGAAAUGGCUUUGAUACCUUCGGACUGGAAGGUGCCGGAUACGUCAGCAAAAUUGGAGCUGACAUCAACCACGUCAAGGUUGGCGAUCGUGUUAUGAUCCUCGGGACCAGCUCUACGGGUCUUGCCACUCAGGUGCAGCGUCCUGGUCGAUUCACGCUGCGUAUCCCAGAUGACCUAAGUUUCGAGGACGCUGCCACGAUGCCCUCGGUUUAUGUCACGGUGCUACUAGGCCUUGUAGACAAAGCGCAGUUGGAGAAAGGCCAGUCACUUCUGGUUCACGCAGCGGCGGGCGGUAUUGGGAUCGCAGCCAUCCAGGUUGCGCGAUGGAUUGGGGCCGACAUCUACUGCACCGUGGGAUCUGAAGAGAAGGCCAAAUUCCUCGUCGACGAAUUCGGCAUUCCGCGCGACCGCAUUUUCCACUCGCGAGACACCAGCUUUUAUGACGAUCUCAUGGCUGCCACCAAUGGCGUUGGCGUCGACUGCGUGCUAAAUUCGGUCUCGGGAGAAUUGCUGCACGCCACCUGGGAGUGCGUCGCUUCAAACGGAUGUAUGGUGGAAAUCGGUAAACGUGAUAUGAUCGGCCGCGCCCAGCUUGCCCUUGACAAGUUCGAGGAUAACAGAACUUUCUUCGGAAUCGAUGUCUCGCGACACGUUGCGCUAAAGAGAGCCACAGGUGGCCGACUCAUGGAACUGAUGCUCGAUCUAUACGUUCAGGGGCACCUCAAGCCUAUCCACCCGACAACCGUCUUCGAUGCUACUGAGGUUGAAGGUGCUUUCAGAUACAUGCAACAAGGCACGCACGUUGGAAAGAUUGUCGUAAAAUUUUCGGAGCAUGAGGAAACCCUCCCUUGGACUCCGGCCAUUCCCAAGCCAAGCUUCCGUGGCGAUAGAUCUUAUUUGCUUGUCGGCGGCAUGGGAGGCCUUGGGCGAGCCAUUGCCAUAAACAUCAUCUUUUUGUCACGCUCUGCUGGCAAGGGAGAGGAUGACGCUGCUUUCAUGCAAGAAUUGGAAUUGAUGGGGUGCAAGGUGCAAGCAUUUUCCGGGGACGUGAGCGAUGAAACUCUGGUCAAACGAAUAGUAGCAACAGCACCUAUGCCGAUCGCUGGCGUCAUGCAGAUGGCCAUGAUUCUCCGCGAUAUCGGUGUGCUCGACAUGGACCUCGAAACCUAUCAGGCCGUCACUAGGCCGAGAGUACAAGGCACAUGGAAUCUGCAUAACGCCAUGGCCGACCAACCAGUGGACUUCUUCGUGCUUUUCUCUUCGGUCUGCGGUAUGGUCGGCUAUUAUGGACAAGCCAACUACGCCGCAUCAAACACAUUCCUCGACGCCUUCGUGCAAUACCGUCACAGUCACGGCCUCGCAGCCUCCGUCAUUGACAUAGGAGCCGUGGAUGAUGUAGGCUACAUUAGCCGUACUCCAGCAGCCAAGGAGACGAUGCUGGCUAUGUCGGGCCGCCUGAUCUCAGAAAAUGACUUUCUUGAAGCACUACAGCUCACGAUUGUGCGAUCGACUGCACCACCAAUCGCGGAGAAGAAACUCACAGGGACGAGAGGCAUCCAUUUCCAAAAUCCCAGCCAGAUCACCCAAGCGCUGGAGUGUCGGCUACCCAUCAUGGAUUCCCAGAACAACAUCAUCUGGAAACGCGACCCUAGAAUGGCAAUAUACCGUAAUAUCGAGACAGUAGCGACCGACGGCGCGUCGUCGACGGGCGACAUGAAACCGUUCUUGGCCGCAAUGGCGGAGAAUCCAAACCAGCUGGACCAGCCUGAUGCGGCCGACUUUCUGGCCGGUCAGAUUCGAGAUCGCGUGGCGACGUACUUGAUGCGUAGAGAGGACGAGGAGCCGUUGGAUACAGGGCUGACGCUGUCAGCUGCGGGAGUAGACUCAUUGGUUGCGAUUGAGUUGAGGAAUUGGUGGAAGCAGAAUUUGGGGGCUGAUGUGUCAGUGUUGGAGUUGAUGGAUGGGGGGAGCAUUCAGCGGUUGGGGGAGUUGGGUGCUAAGAGGCUUAAGGAGAGGUUGGAUAAAUGA